AUCAUUAUCAUAGAACGGCCAUAGGAGCUCGUGGAGUAUCAGAGCAUUCCUUGUACAAUUACACCGCAUUUCCUGCUGAAUUACAGGCAUGUUACUAACGUGGGCUCCUGUAUUCUGUUUCUUACAGAUUUAUUCUGACCGUAAUCGGUAAGGUGUAUCAUGGUUACUAAUUGAUGCAUUGAUUGAUGUUGUCAUAACAAGAUUUGAGGACGCAUGGUAUGAUAACUGCGUGUUGAAAUGUGGCGAUUCAUCGCGCAUCUGUUUCAGGAUCAACUCGGGAGUCCUGUCCAAGCUGCUUGCUCUUACCCACUUCUUACCACGUAUACUAAAGCUGGCACAUGUUUGUCACUCAGCUUUUUGCUUCCAGCGUCUGCAGCAGUAAAUUUAGUCAUAAGGCAACGCCCUAACAUGAUAUGUUUCUAUUUAUGCUAAUGAACAUUCUUGCGACCGCUACCACUACCGCCACCACCACCACUGCCACGAUCACUGCCUCACCAUAUAUAUGUAGUUUUCCCUGUGUGCUUGUAUGAAUUUUGUUUUCGGUGUUGUCUGUCCAUUAUAGCGAAAAGUAUAUUGUGAAAGCACUUCAGGGCGAAGGUAGUGUAAGACGCACAUUUGUUCCAUUUAUUAACUGCAUAUACUUUCCUUCCUUGUUGACUUAUCUUCUAAUUUAGAGAUCACCAAUCCGACACCCGCGUCUCUCAAGACCACUUCAACGGCUCCCCGCACAACUACCACUACUGCAAUUGCCAAAGACACAACAACUACCACGACAACUACACGUCUUCCCAAAAGAAUACUCUUUUGCAUCAAGGAUGAUCCAAGCAAAGAGUUGCCAGACGGCCUGUGCACCUUCUCCGUGUUCUCAAACUAUGUGGGUCACUCGGUGCCCGACUUCUUUAUGGGCACUCAUCCCACCAUAAAGGAAUGGUUUUCACUGGCCGAUAAGGCCACCGUAACCAAGUUUGGCGUCAACAUUGUAGAAGGGACAUUCUCAGAGACGAAGACGGUUAUAACGGACGAAAAUGAAGCCCUACGAAGCUUGUGGCUUAAGAAAAUUCGCAGUUUUGGUGUACUGGACACUGAGAUCACACCAACUACAGAUAAAAAGGAUAUAUCAGGCGUCGUCGACGUAAUAAAGAUGAUUCAGAAUCGAUUGAAACGUUACGACACGGACGGAGAUUGCUUCACCUUCAUUGGGGUGGCUCCGCUUUACAAGGCUAAUCGGAACGCCGAUCUCACGCAGCGUUUCUACGAAUUGAUUCAGGGAACGAAGCCGGACGUCGUCUUAUUUCGUACAACGUCCGUAACGGUGAGAAGGAGUCUGACAUACAGCGGAUCAUCGGUGUGGGAGGAUAUCAACGCUGUGAACCAGCCGAACUUCGUGGACUCCUUGAAGCUGAGAAACUCGGUGACUUUACCUCCACACACGAGGGAGCUCCUUUCGCUGUCGGUGGCCAGCAUAGGCGUGAGUUAUCGAGGAAGAUUUGACACAUUGGAUGACCUCGACGGUGCUGAGGUAGAGGACAUGCUGCAGCGGAUUCCGACCCGCGAAGUGGAUUGUUUAAUGGAGAAGCUAUACGGUGAGAUCCUGUAUGAUCCCAAAAGAAUACAAUGUAUCCUGUUCGUCGAUGGUGCCGAUCUUGUUUGGUACUUCGAAUCAAAGAGUACAGUAUCCAGAAAGAUGUGCAAGGCUUCUGUAACUCUCCACUACACCGGCGGAUGGGCCGUGUACGAGAUAGACACUAUGCUUCGCAAGAAUCGGGAUUGUAACUGGGAAGCGCAGUAUGACGGGCUGAAUCCAUUGCUCACCAUCCAGGAGAACAUGAAGAAGGUCACGCAAUGGACUGACUGCAGCGCUUUGCCAAGAUGUUGAAGUCCGUCAGAUAUUGUUUACUUCUUUACACUAUAAUACAAACUGUGUACAAUCUGUA